AUGGAUUGCCCGGAAAUUUCAUGGCUCUCCGAAAUGGGGUUAGAGAAUUCGUUGUUGAGUGAGCAAUGCGAUUUUAUGUUGGACAAUACGAUUACCCUAGACGAGGAGAUAGCGGCAGUCCUUGGGCAUGACCUGGACAUGAUGUCAUCCUCUUCCUCCACCCUCAUCAACACACUCCCAAGCUCAAACUCCAUAUCCUCCCUCUACACAGACAAUUUUCAAUACUCUCCUCCUCCGCCUCCUCCUCCUCCUCCUCUUCCUAAUAAUAAUAAUAAUAAUAUGGGGGAGCAGCAGCGGCCGGCCAAGCUCCGAAAGGGUAACAAGUUGUCAUCGAUUGACCGUGGAGCGGCGCCUCCCAUAAUUCUCAACUUUGACAAGAACUCGAGUCCCACGAAGAAUCAGAAGACUCAGGCAUGCGAGGAAGAGGAAGAGGCUACAGUGGUGAAGAGGAAAAAAAUAGGUGGACGGGUGAGGCCGCCUUCCCAGACAUAUGAUCACAUUAUUGCCGAGAGGAAGAGGCGCGAGCAGCUCAGUCAGCGCUUUGUUGCUCUCUCCACCAUAGUGCCCGGCCUCAAGAAGAUGGACAAAACAUCAGUUUUGGGGGACGCCAUAAACUACUUAAAGCACCUCCAAGAAAGGGUGAAGACAUUGGAAGAGCAAGCGAGCAGGCAAACAAUGGAGUCGGUCGUGCUCGUCCGGAAAUCGCAGAUAGCAGAAGAGGGCUCGUCCGAUGACACUUCUGCCGAGCUCCCGCUGCCCGAAAUCGAGGCCAGAGCCUCCAAUAAUCACCUGCUCCUCAGGGUCCACUGCCAAAAACACAAGGGCGUUUUGGUAAAUCUGCUCACUAACAUCGAGAUGCUCAACAUGGCUGUCAUAAACACCAAUGUCACCCCCUUUGGAAAUUUCGCCCUUCACAUUACAAUUGUUGCUGAGAUGGAGAAAGAGUUCAACUUGUCAAUGAAACAAGUAGUGAAGAGGCUUCGUGCAGCUCUCAAGCUAGCAGCUUAA